CGAGAAGAAAUGGUUGACUCAAGUAUUUUAAAUUUAAAUGACGACUGUCUUCACCACAUUUUUAAGUAUCUAAGCAUCAAGGAACUCGUAAACUUAGCGGAAACGCUUCCACGAUUUCGACAGAUUCUUUUGGAUAGACCGGCAACCUUUUACCCGGUACAUCACAGAAACGAUCCCGAUGGCGAGAAACCAGUAUUGUAUUACUCCACAGUUGCCAUCAAGCUGUUGAGAAUCGUAAACAAUAACGUAAAAACUCUGGGAGUUAUUCAAGGACAUAGUUAUGAUAAAUAGGAUAUUGGCAACUCAGUCAAGGACUUUAGAAUUCUCACACAACGAAGGAAUACAAUUGAUUUGAGGUAUUGCCUAGGAGAAGUUUCCAGACUUGAGGAAAUGUUUCGAUUUUCGUCUUGCUCUCGUGUAAAUGUGCCAUCUUGCAUUUGUUACCUUGAGGACUUUUUUCAACUUAUUCCCGAUUUGCGGGAACUUCGACUUACGGGAUUUGCCAAGUGUUCCGAUUGUGUUAAGACAAUCUUGAAAUGCUUUUCCAAGUUGGAAGACCUUUGGAUUCGGGGAACCUGCCUCAGACUUCAAUCUGAUUAUGAGCUGAUAUCGCAGAUGAAAUCUUUGACGAAACUGUCGAUAAAUGUUGGUGGACCUAAUUGUCUGGAGCCUUUGACCAAUUUAACUGAGCUGCGAUCUCUUUAUGUGGAGAGUAUAUUCAGCUACAUAUCGCCAAUGGAAAUCAUAGAAAUCAUUAGACAUUGUAAGAAGUUGGAGUUCCUAUUCUGCUACUACAUAAAUCAUGGACAACAGCCACACGAUUCCAUUGCAAAUCUCUUCAGGAGCAUCAGAUCGAUUCGAGAUCCUAGCCAACAAAGUCCUCUUAAAUUGCACACAUAUUUGGAUCCGCCUUUGUCUGAAGAAAAUGUAAGUUUCCUCAAUAUCCUUAAUGAUUAUGUAGUGAAAAUUACAUUUUAUUUUUAUUUAGAAACAGCUAAUCGAUGAAUCCUACUUCGAAUACCGCCGGCAGCCUUGAUACUCAAUAUUAAACUCAGUUUUCAGUUCCAAAAGAACUGAAAUUGCAAAUACUCACCAUUCCUUAAUUAUCAUAGAAAUUUAGACCACUUUGAAAUGUUACUCAAUGAUUUAUAUAUUUUCAUGACUUUUCGCUCAUAUAGAUUUAAAUACGCUUUAAUAAAUUUGUAUGCUUGUCAACGAUUUCCGUUAUUCAAUUUAGCUGAUUUACAAUCGUCGUCGCCAUCAGACUACACAUUAAAAUGUAUGUAUCGUUAGGUAAAUAAUUUAAAUAUUAAUAACAUGUUGCUUUUGCACGUGUA